AAAAUGGUUGAAAUGCAACAGAUUAUCGAACUUAUUCUUGCAAUAUUCCUUCCACCGUUAGCGAUAUUCAUUCAUGGUGGCGAUUGUAAUAUUCAUGUGAUCGUAAAUAUCAUUCUCUGUUUUUUCUUUUGGUUGCCGGCCGUGCUUCAUGCACUUUGGUAUUGCUUCUUCCGAGCCUAA